AUGAGCGAAGCCGCCUUGUCGAGAAUCUCCAAUCUCAUCAAGGUCGAAGAUGAUUUGGCGAAAAUCGACACGCUCCGGCAACAAUUCAUCAAAGAACGCAGCUCCAUAGAUGCCAAGUUGAAUGCCACAACGCAACAGCAGAUCGAGUCGAUCAUUUCCAACUUGGAGAAGUUGAAUGUUUCUGCGCAGAAACUCACGGAAAUAAAGUCCAACAUCGACAAGAUUGACAUUGUGUACUCGGAAUCCAUCACCCAGGUGAAAGAAUAUGACACGUUGCGUUCAGUCACUGGCGUGUACCAGCGGAUGAUGCAAGUGCAGAACUUGUAUAACGAUACGGCAAACUUCCGAAGCUACUUGGACCAUAUCCGCAGCAUCAUCGACUCGGAGUUGGCCUUGGUUAGCGAGGAUAUCAGCUACCCAGCGGAAAGUCUCCAGCGGAUCCACUUCCAUGUGACGCAGGCCCGGAACUUUCUGGAGUAUUUGGAAACGGAGUCACAACGCCUUUCGGACGACACCCAGUCGCUUGUGAACAAAAUCGUCCAGCCGGUGAAGCAGAUAGCGCGCCGUUUCGAUGAACUAUUGAAGGAAGUGAUCAUCAGUGUGACCGAAGCCGUGAAGGAGGGAAACACAGGACUAGUGGCCAACUUGGUGCAGAUCAUCGAGUAUGAGGCCGCUGAAGACGCAAAAGCAGUAUUGGUCAACAGUCUCGAUCUCGUUUCCACUCUGCGGGAUGUGCUUGACUACUCUAAAUUCCGGGCCAAACCUCGUAACUACAUGAAAUUCUUCUACACCAAGCUUGACGAGAGCAUCGCCGAAACUUUCAACAAAUGUGUGGACCACUUUUCGCAGGACCAGAUGCUCGUGUAUGACAAUCUCGACUGGCUCGAGGACGAGCUAGUUUUCGUUGUCCAUACUUUGGCUCCGCUUUUCCCCGCACUGUGGGCCGUCGGUGAUUUCAUCCAAGGUUCCUACUACGACUUGUUGCACAAAUUCACCAUGGGGUUGAUCAAUACAAACCCUCCGGCGGAAGACUUGAUGCGCAUCUUGGCUUACGACUCGCACUAUAGUACAUUUGUGGGAUCGCUUCAAGUGGCCACGGGAAAGAAUGCCAAGGAGCAGCGGUCCAUUUUGGGCGAUGAGCUCAAGAGUUCUGUGCUUGAUGACUACUUGGGCGUCAUUGUGAUCAAAAUGAACGAGUGGAACGAGAAUUUGAUGAAGCAAGAGGCAACCGCUUUUGUGGCCAGAACGGAACCUCCAGAUGUCUAUGCAUAUACUCAAUCCGUGGACGAAUUGGAUGAAUUCGAGCAUGUGGUCACUGUGGUGAAAAUGAACGAUGUAUAUGUUCUUCCCGAUUUCAAGACCUCGUUGAGCAUGUUGAAAGAACAGGCUGAUGUGGCCGCCGAUUCGGGCUACGGGAAAGUUCUUGUCGGGGUGAUCGAAAACUGGUCCAAGCGCUACCUUGAGCGUAUCCAGAUGUUUCAGAGGUUGGUGAUUGAGGAAUUAGAAAAGUACAUGUCUGUUUACAGCAACGAGCGGUCUUUGAUCAAGGAGUCCAAAAUUAAACGCUUCUUGAAGAAGUCGAACAACAGCCAGCCAGAAUUCGAUGUGGAAAAUAUGACCGCAGAGGAACUUGCUCAAAUUUCUCUGCCUGGCCUUGUGGAAUACUUGACUGCCCUCUGCAAUACGUAUGAGAUAAAUCUGGACCGCCUACUCGAAAAGUUCUUACCCAGCUACCUUGCAAAAGUGCACUCGUCAUACCAGGAAAGAAUUCAGCGGGCUUUUGAAGAAACUAUCUCCCCUUCGACAGAAUUGAAUGCAUGUGUGGUUCGUUCGUUGAAAGAUAUUAUUCUCAAUGACUUGUAUCCAGCAUUAUCUGUCGUUUUCACGAAACAAUGGUACGAAGGAGAUAGAACGCAAACAUCAGGGGAUCCAAUCAUGGCGGAGUCUAUUGUGGAGACAUUGGUGGAGUAUUUGGAAGACUUACGCAGCUUCGCUUCGUUUGAAAUCUUCAGUCUUACUUUUAACAUUGUGCUAGAUGAGUUUAUUUGUGUUUACCUUCAAAUUGGCUUUCAAAACAUUUUACACGGAGACGGCAAGAAAAUUGAUCCAAAGGCGACAAAGAAGUCAAAAUCUUUCAGUGAGGCUAUCAACAGAGACAUAAGCAUUUUCUACGAUGGGUUGGACCCUCUUCUUUCGAGAAAAGAUGCAAUGACACUUUUGAAAAGCUUGACUGCUUUGGAGAUGUUGACGACUUUGGCUACCAUGGACGAUCCAUUUGAAAACAUCCCGCAAAUGUGGGAGCAGGACAUUCUUGAGACAUACUAUGACUGUUCCGUGGAAUACGUUCGGGGCGCUCUUCUUUGCCGAAAGGAUAUCGACAACAAGAUGGUGCCGGCUCUUAUGGACAAAUUGACCGCAAUUAAAAAACACUAUCACUCUACAGUUGACCCGCCACAGAUCCCAGUGGUGACCCUCAACAAUUUUGCAUUUGCAUAG